CGGCUGCGACCGCGCGCUCCGGGCGGCUACGGCGACACGGGCAGUGGCAGCAAGGGUACAGCUCCUGCCCCUUCAGUGACGGGCGGCGGAGCUGACAGGAGCCGGGGCGGGGCGGCGGCGGCCAGCGAAGGAGCGCACGGCGGCCCGGCCCCGCCCCUGGUCCUCCCGCCAGCCUCAGUGACCUUCACUGGUUCGGGCGGCGGGUGCAGGCCCGGGCGGCGGCGCGAUGUUCGUGCAGGAGGAGAAGAUCUUCGCGGGCAAGGUGCUUCGGCUGCACAUCUGCGCAGCCGACGGCGCCGAGUGGCUGGAGGAGGCGACCGAGGACACAUCGGUGGAGAAGCUCAAGGAGAGUUGCCUCAAACAUGGUGCUCAUGGGAGCCUAGAAGACCCCAAGAAUGUGACCCACCACAAGCUAAUACAUGCUGCUUCAGAGAGGGUGCUGAGUGACAGCAAAACGAUCUUGGAAGAAAACAUCCAGGACCAAGACGUCUUGUUAUUGAUAAAAAAGCGUGUUCCUUCUCCACUCCCUAAGAUGGCUGACGUCUCAGCAGAAGAAAAGAAGAAACAAGAGCAAAAGGCUCCAGACAAAGAUGCUAUUCUUCGAGCAACGGCAAACCUGCCUGCCUGCAGCACUGACCGGACUGCUGUCCAGACCACCAUGAGAGACUUCCAGACAGAACUCCGGAAGAUCCUCGUGUCUCUCAUUGAGGUGGCACAGAAGCUGUUAGCACUGAAUCCCGAUGCAGUUGAAUUGUUUAAGAAGGCAAAUGCUAUGCUGGAUGAAGAUGAGGAUGAGCGAGUGGAUGAGACUGCCUUGCGGCAGCUCACAGAGAUGGGCUUUCCUGAGAGCAGAGCCUCAAAGGCCCUUCGGCUGAACCACAUGUCAGUGCCUCAGGCCAUGGAGUGGCUAAUUGAACACUCAGAAGAUCCAGCUAUUGACACACCUCUUCCAGGCCAUGCUGCUCAAGCAGGGGCCAGUGCUGCAGCCACUACCUCCUCCACCUCCUCUGAAGCUGCUGUGGGAACUAGUGUUGAAGAUGAGGAGUCCCGGGAUGAGCUCACAGAAAUCUUCAAGAAGAUACGCAGGAAAAAGGAAUUUCGAGCAGAUGCUCGGGCUGUCAUUUCGCUGAUGGAGAUGGGCUUUGACGAGAAGGAAGUGAUUGAUGCCCUCCGAGUGAACAACAACCAGCAGAACGCUGCUUGUGAAUGGCUGCUGGGGGACCGGAAGCCAUCCCCUGAGGAAUUGGACCAGGGCAUCGAUCCCAAUAGCCCUCUCUUUCAGGCCAUCCUGGACAACCCAGUGGUGCAGCUGGGUUUGACAAACCCUAAGACAUUGCUAGCAUUUGAAGACAUGCUGGAGAAUCCGCUUAACAGCACCCAGUGGAUGAACGACCCAGAGACGGGCCCGGUCAUGCUGCAGAUCUCUAGGAUCUUCCAGACGCUGAAUCGCACGUAGGUGGUACCUACUGUGCUCCUUGGCUGUGCAGUCUCAGCAGUCUGUGAGGCAGUGGGCACAGGGUUCAGCCGGGAUCUUGCCUGGACCACAGCUUCUCGGACUCUCCUUUCCAGACCUAACAGCUUAUCAACUUCUGCCACAUGGCUUGAAAGUUGCAGUCCUAGCUUCUGACAGGUGUCUACAGAAAGUGGCUGUUGCAUUGGGAAGGUGAAUGAUUGCUGCCCGUCCCUCCAGAUACUCUGCUGGGCUCCUGAAGUGCUACUUGAAUUGACCCUUAGGUGUUUGCUUGUGGAGCCCAAUGUAUUUAAAAGAAGGCAUGUUCUGAUCCAAAGUGUUAUGUCAAGUGUGCUAAUUUAACCAGACUGACUCACAGAUGGCUUCUUUAAUAAAUAAACCCUUUUCCUAUUUUUACUUGUGUUACUUCAUGGCAGCAAGGACAUCACAUGUAUCCCCUAGGCCGUGUACACAUUGUCUCUGCCCAGAGCAGGUGUCAUUGCCACUUCUUUCUAGAUACUAUUUCUCUGUGUAGCCCUGGAUGUCCUAAAAAUCACUCUGUAAACCAGGCUGCCCUUGAACUCAGAAAUCUGCCUCCUGAGCGCUGGGAUUAAAGGCGCGUGCCACCACCUCUCAGCUUUCAUGGCUACUUCUUCACUUGGAAACCUGAAUCCUCUGAGCCCAGCUCAAGUUGGGUUUGGGGCUGUGACAUUUCAAGUAGCAGGCCUUCCCCCCAGCCACAGCAGAUGGAGCAGGGUGUGUGUGUGUGUGUGUGUACACUCACAGGUGCAUGUACUCAUGUGUACCUUGUGCCAGAACACAAACGUGGGGAUCACACCUGCCCUACUCAGGAGUUGGUUCUUUCCUUCCACCAUGGUCCCGGGGAUCAAGCCCAGCUCAUCAGGUUCCUGCAGCAAGGACUUAAAAAAACAAACACUCUUCUGACUCAUCUUGCUGGCUCAUGAUCUAGUCCCCUUUCUGUGACCCCUGCUCAGGGUUACUGUAAAAAGCAUUUAGCUCUUGAGUGUGUUUAAGCAUGUCUGAGAAGCUGCAGCAUAGGUGAGGUAUAGGAAUAGCUACAGCCUUGGCUGGCACUCACCCUGCUGGAGCUGAGCCAGAAGACUCUAACAUGGAAAAGGAGCUCAGCGGCUGGAGUGUUCGCUGUACAAGCAAGGGGACCUGAGUUCACAUCCCAGCACCAGGUAAAAAGCCAGGCAUGGCAGCACACAGCUGUAAUUCCAGCAUUUGGAGAUGGUAAGUGGAGUUUCGAUCCUGGGGGGUUAACAAGAUAAGCUGGAAAGUGAUAGAAGACAUUAGACACUGACUCUGGCAUGUGUGUGCAAGCACACAUAUAACAAAGACUAUGACGGGAUCUGCCUGUCUUCCUAGUGCGUUGAAGAGUCAUGGUUCAGAAUCUCCGAGGGAGGGUGGAGAGAUGACUCGUCACUUAAGACCACUUGCUGUUCAAGUUUAAGUCCCAGGAUCCACAUUGGAUGGCUCACAACCGCUUGUCUGACUCCAACCCCAGCUCCAGGAAAGCCGAUUUCCUCUUGUAGCCUCUGUACACACAUCCAAACAAAAAUAAAGAUCUUCACAGAACUUCAAGGAACCAUCUCUAUGGGCUCUGGAGGCCAUGGGGAGUGUUCUGUACUUGGGGAUAGGUCCUGAUGCUGGUCUUUUGUCCAGGAUCUGUGUGUGUGUGGUGUGUGUGUGUUCUGCAACACUAGUAUCCUCUGAGACAAGCAUUGUGUUCAUGUAAUAAAGGAGCUAACACAAACUGGCUCUGAAAAGGGGUCUUCGUUUGGAAAGAAUAGAUUUCCUGCUCUGGCUGUUUGGGUUUUUUUCAUGUUUUGUUUGUUUUGUUUUUCAAGACAGGUUUGUGUGUGUGUGUAUGUAGCCCUGGCUGUCCUGGAACUCACUCUGUAGACCAGGCUGGCCUUGAACUCAGAAAUUCACCUGCCUUUGCCUCCUAAGUGCUGUAAUUAAAUCCGUGUGCCACC